ACGUACAUCGUUUGGCGAUGAACGCGCGGUAUGGUGUAUGGUGUGACCCGCGCGAUUUGGUGGCUUUGUGUGUGGCACAUUUGUCUCUGGACGUUGACGCGUGCGCGAUUAACUUUGGGGCUGAUCAUCCCUGGAGGCGAUCCACCGGUUACCGUCGAGUAUCUCCUCUCGUUCCAAUUCUUCGAAUCUACCCUUUGCUCCUUCGCCACCUGUCCCAUCCGCUUCCUCGUACGACACGGCAGGGUGAAUUGGUGGACCGCAUUUGAGUACUUCGUCGAUCAUAGCGGCGACCACGUGGGCCAAGCCCGAGGUGAGCUGAUCAAGGCCGAGGAGUAUCGGAGCAAGUCUCGUAAGGUUGGAGCGAACGUGUUGCAACGAGAUCUCUACGGAGCGGCGAACGGACAAUUCCUAGCUGGAUAUCCCGAUGAUCACGAUUCUCUCGAUUUCGUUCAAGAUACGACGGAAACGGAUAAUCCGGAUCCGGAUCGAGAUCGAUCCUCCGCAUCGCGUAACCACAUUUUCCGUGCAUUAGACUCCCCUUACGGAACGAUGUUUCUGGAUCAAUCGGACGCACGCGACCCGUCGAUGGGCAGCAAGUCGUUUGGUUUCUUUCCGAGCGAUCGAUCGUUGCUCGAACCGUCCGCCAAGCGGAACAUCGACGAGAUCGAUCGGACGGCUUUCGACAACUUUUUCAAACGCAACCUGGACGAGAUCGAUCCUGUCGAUUGGGACGGAUUCGUGAAAGGACUGGUCGACUACCUGACCAGCAGGACCAACAGGCCAAGCAGGAUGCAUUCUAUGCAGCUCCACGGCUAGAAGAGGACCUCUUCUCUUUCAUCGUUUCUCUCUUAUCCUCUCCAUCGCUACACCUUAUCGUUCCUCAUAAAGGGACCCAAAUUUUCCUCGAACAGAAGGACGAUUUAUUUUUCCAUCGCGAUUACUAUUUCGCAUGUUCCCCGAGAAGUCGAACCUCAGGCAUCGUGGAAGUUCGAGACCGGCCGUCGAUCGUUCUCCGGGAAGCGGUGCCAAUUUCUCGAGGACCGCACGUCGAAAAUUUCGAUAGAGGAUUCCGCUGAGUGAUUCGACCCGGGAAACUAGAGCGACCGUCGGCUUCCGCUUUGCCGCCGUUCCUCAACUUCGAUUCCUCCGACCAUUCGGCUUUCUCUUCUUGCUUUUCCCACUCUCCUUUUUCCUUCUUUUCUUUUUUCUCAACCAUCGCGAGGACCCUCUUGAUCUCUUCUCUCACGUCCACCGGCGUCUCGAUCCUCACGCUCUCCCUGUUUCGUUCCAUACGCAGCAUCUGCGAAAAACAGCGACCUUACCACCGUUCCAGGGAAUUCUACGUAAAAGUAUCAUGUACCUCGAUCACGUUCUCUUCGAGGGCGGUAAAUCGUUGCAGCACCGCGGCCAAUUUCGAACUCUGCGUGGUCAACCGAUCGGUAACUCGCAGUUCCUUCCCCACGUCUUCUUUGAUCUGCAAUUCUAUUCGCUGUUCAAUCAUUCUACGUUUCCUUUCUUCUACUCACCUCGUCCAUUCCUUUGGCCACCUGUUCGCCGAUGUAUUGGACGUUAUCGCGUGCUCUGCGAACCUGCGGAUACAGCGAACGUGAGCAUGGACCUCUCGAUUUAAAAAGCGGUAACGAUAACGAGUGUAGGUUACGAUCGUGGUGAACUCCCUCAUCUCCGUCAUGAUCUUGCGUCGCAAUCUCGUCGCUGCUAAAAACUAAAUAGGCCGCGAGUUACCUUUCGAUUCUGUAUCCUCCUUUCGAUAUUAGAUUAACUGCUUACGCGUUGACAAACGUAGAACAAGAUCACAACGUUUGCGAACAUUGGGAUUGCGCUGCUUAACAGUUGAUGCGCCAGCUGCAUGGUUGAAUUCAGUUAGAAUCGGAAUCGCGACCAGAUCGUUAAUCACCGAACUCGAUCAUAUUCCCUUUUCCUCCAUCAUCGAUCUGUUCAAUGCCUUGCUGAAAUUAACUGAAGUUGGUUAAUUAAACAAGGGACAAGCAUUGUCGCUUUUAUUCAUCUUGAUGAAGAUCCACUUGCUUCUGCAUCCUUUCCAUCCCUCUCCUUAGAAUACUCUUAUGAUCAUAUCGACAAUUGUUUACCAUUGUACCUUUAAUGUCCUCAAUUGUAUUUAUCGCAAAUAUAAAGAAUAAAAUAUAUAUUAAACGCAAA